AUGCGUCAGAAUUUCUUAAAAAUACCGCCGCCGAAUUGUCCACCUCCACCAACAGAAAUGAAGGUACCACCACCAUUUCGAAAUCCCCCAGUGCCACUUCUAACGGAAAAGCAUGAAACACGUCUAGAUGAAUCGCAGUAUGAUGAACCUGGUUUACCGUCUGACACACAUCAAUGCGCUGGUAUCGGUACUCUAUCAGCAGCAAGAGAUUUAUCUGAACGUUUGCCAUAUUCGAUUGGCAAUUAUGAAAUAUCUACUUCUCAACAGUGGAUAUUAGUGAUGAAAUUCGUGGUGGCUUUGGUACUGUUGGUGUUAAGGACUGCAUGCGAUGUAAUGUGCUGCGUAUCAUAUCAGCAUUCAGUGCUCGAUGUUGAAACUUAUAAGCCAUUCACAAAGGGUGGGACGAUUCGCUCAACGACUAGUUCAAAUAUGAGAAAUCCUCGAGUAAUUGCGAGUGAAAGUAGAAGUAUAGUCGAAGAACAAUUACGUAAUUCGCUGUGGGAUGAUGAAACUCGUCGAAUGCUUGUACAGAACCCCGAAACGGGCAGUUUUUAUGUGCCUACUAGCUCAGGCAAUUCCAAUUUUCUAUUUUUCGUCCUGAUCUAUAAAAAAGUAUAA